CACGAUCGGGCGCGCCAACUACUCUGCAAUCGGAUUAUGAUGAGUUUAAAGCUUGUUCAGGGUGUCAGGCUACACGAGCAUAAAGCUUGUAAAUUUGCUCCGUCGCGACCCCGCGCACACUCAGCACUGUCACACCCGGUUUCGAGACCGGUUCUCUCACGACAAGCCACCGCCGCACCAGAGGCGCAAACCAUGUCCGUCCAAACCAUUCCGGGUGUGGCUAUCCUCGGGCCAGUCACCGCAGAGCAGGCGAGCAUCCUGUCGCCAGAGGCCCAGCUUUUCGUCGCGACGCUGCACCGCACCUUCAACCCGCGCCGCAAGGAGUUGCUCAAGCGUCGCGAUGAGCGCCAGAAGGACCUGGAUGCUGGGCGCCUGCCCGACUUCCUGCCUGAGACGGCGGCGGUGCGCGCCGACCCCGGCUGGAAGUGCGCCCCGCCCGCACCCGGCCUGGUGGACCGGCGCGUGGAGAUCACGGGGCCGGUGGACCGCAAGAUGGUGAUCAACGCCCUCAACAGCGGUGCCACACAGUACAUGGCCGACUUUGAGGACUCGCACGCGCCCACGUGGGACGGCAACCUGGAGGGGCAGGUGAACAUGCGUGACGCCGUGCGCCGCGCCAUCAGCUACACCGGACCCAACGGCAAGGUCUACAGCCUGCGCACUGACGGCAAGCUGGCCACGCUGCUGGUCCGCCCCCGCGGCUGGCAUCUGGUGGAGGCCCACUUCAUGGUGGAUGGCGAGCCCUGUUCCGCCUCGCUGUUCGACUUCGGCCUGUUCUUCUUCCACAACGCUGCCGCCACCCUAGCGGCCGGGCAGGGCCCCUACUUCUACCUGCCCAAGAUGGAGAGCCAUCUGGAGGCCAGGCUGUGGAACGACGUGUUCAACGCCAGCCAGGACAUGCUGCGGCUGCCGCGCGGCACUGUGCGUGCCACGGUGCUGAUCGAGACGCUGCUGGCCGCCUUUGAGAUGGAGGAGAUCCUGUACGAGCUGAGGGACCACUCGUCGGGCCUGAACUGCGGCCGCUGGGACUACAUCUUCAGCUUCAUCAAGAAGCUGCGCAACCACCCGCAGUUUGUGCUGCCAGACCGCUCCGCCGUCACCAUGACCUCGCCCUUCAUGGACGCCUACGUGCGACUGCUCAUCAAGACCUGCCACAAGCGCGGCGUGCACGCCAUGGGCGGCAUGGCGGCGCAGAUCCCCAUCAAGGACGACCCCGCAGCAAACGCCGCCGCGCUGGCCAAGGUCCGCGGCGACAAGGAGCGCGAGGUGGUGGCCGGGCACGACGGCACGUGGGUGGCGCACCCCGCCCUGGUGCCCAUCGCCAUGGAGAUUUUCAACAAGCACAUGCCCACGCCCAACCAGCUGCACGUGCGGCGCGACGACGUGACGGUGACGGCGCACAACCUGCUGGACGUGCGCGGCGGGGCGCUGCUGGCGGAGGGCGGCAUCACGGAGAAGGGUCUGCGCGACAACCUGUCGGUGGGCCUGGCCUACAUGGAGAACUGGCUGCGGGGCGUGGGCUGCGUGCCCAUCCACAACCUCAUGGAGGACGCCGCCACCGCCGAGAUCAGCAGGUCUGCUGUGUGGCAGUGGGUGCGGCACCACGCGCGCACUCGCGACGGCCGUGUGGUGACGGCGGCCUGGGUGAACGACCUGCUGGCGCAGGAGCUGGACCAGCUGAAGAGCAAGAUGGGCGCCGAGCGCUUCGCCCGCUCCAAGUACCCUCUGGCUGCUCAGCUGUUCCAGAGCACCAUCACCGGCGACGCCUACUCGGACUUCCUCACCACCCUGUGCUAUGACCACAUCGUCACCAAGACCCCCAGCCGCAUGUGAGCGCGGCGGCUGCGCAGAGCAGCUGGGGAGCGGCUGGAGCGGAGCUCUGCUUGUGUGCGAGCGUCGACAGGAGCGAUGGAAGCAGUGGCUGCAUGAUUGGGGACUGGUUGGAAAGGAGGAGCGGUGGGGACAGCGGCAGAGAGGGCGAGGCCGGGGCGAGUGCAAGGGUCUGAUGUGAGGUGUGGCGCCCAGCGCGAGUGCGCUGUUUGGAAUAAAGAGAGGACAGCAGGCAGGGAUGUCUCGCUGGCCUCUUGGCGCGGAGGCUGCCGCUCUAGUGCGCCGCCGCCAGGAGGACAGGCCGGGCGUUUGUGCUAUUGUGAAUGUGAUGUUGUACAUGCAAUGCCUUGUGGUCAAGUGCGGGUUUGCAGGUAGCUGUGUUGCUGUGCGAUGUGUGCACAUGUUUACACAUCGUGUUGGGAACAGUCAGAUUGUGUAUGCAACGCUGCAGGAUGUCGGGUUGAACUUGGUUGGACACGCCAGACCGCGCGACCGGGACAUGUCAUCUCAGGCCCAAUGCCAAGGGUCACACACAGACGCUUGGCAAAUAUUGGCUGGGGGAUAAUGUCUGCAGUUCAUGUGUAGAUUGUGUACAUUGUUUAGGUUUGAUGCCUGGGUCAGUCAGGAGCCGGCGCACUGGCGGCGCAGGGCCGAUGCGGGUGCCUGCGCGUGCCCAUCACACGGGCGCAGCACAUGAUGCGUGCGUGCGGGCAGGCGCUCGUAUGGUGUACACCGCGAGUGCGUUAAUGUUGGAUCAUGCGACGUGGUACAUGUGCAAGCGAGCAGCGGGGCGGGUGGUGGGUACGCAUGGGUUCAUGACACAUACGCAGCACGCGCGUUGCUGUCCACGUGAAAUAGGGGAUGUACCCGUGGGAUGUACCCGUAGGUGUGCGCCAGGAGACUACAGCCGUGCCGGGCAGUAGCUGUGCCCCUUGUGCCAUAUGCACAGGUCGUAUUGUUGCGGUGUUGACAGCAGCAUCGGGGAGCAGCAGCGACAAGCAGCGGCGGUCAGCAAGGCGCUUCAAGUUAGCGCCAAUGCAGGCGGCAAGGAAGGCUGGAAGGGCAAGGAUGGCAAUCGCCGGCGCUAGGGUGGCGUGCGGGGACUAGGGGUGCGGGUGACCGGCGGGGGACGUUUGGUCCACAGCCCCCCACCUCCACCUCCAUGCGCACCUGCAGCACCGCAUGCUCUGUAACGUACACACUUU